AUGAGAUCUCAGAUCGCCCACGUUUUGGCUGUCGCCGUUGGGUGUGUCGUUGCGCAGCAGUCUGCCAGCGACACACUCAGCCCUGUCAGCUAUGUCAAGGGCAAGGCUUUUGACCGUCUUGCUAUUAUCUGGCUUGAGAACACUGACUACGACCUGGCCGUUGGCGACCCCAACCUGGCUUGGCUAGCCAGCAAGGGUAUUACGCUGAGCAACUACUUCGGCGUGACCCAUCCAUCCGAGCCCAACUAUAUCGCUUCUCAUGGAGGUGACUACUUCGGCAUGAACAACGAUGAUCUCACUACCGUCGAUUCCAACGUCUCCACAAUUGUCGACUUGUUGGAGGACAAGGGCAUCGCCUGGGGUGAAUACCAGGAGGAUAUGCCGUAUACCGGAUUUGAGGGGAAGGCCUGGGUCAACCAGGUCACUGGGGCAAACGACUACGUGCGCAAGCACAAUCCCGCCGUCAUCUACGGGGCCAACUCGGAACGUGCCGACCGGCUGGCCGUCAUGAAGAACCUGACACUGUUCUACGAUGAUCUGGAAAACGAAACGCUGCCACAGUGGAUGUUCAUCACGCCCAAUAUGACCUCUGAUGGGCACGACUCGUCAGUCACCGUCGCUGGCAAGUGGACUCGCAGUUUUCUCGAGCCUCUCCUCACUGACUCACGUUUUAUGAACAACACGCUGGUUCUUAUUACCUUUGAUGAGAACUCAUCAUAUGCGCUCACAAACCGCGUUCUAGCUAUCUUACUGGGCGAUGCCAUACCGUCCGACCUGGUCGGCUCCACCGACAGCAGCUUCUACAACCACUACUCGGAAAUCGCCACCGUCUCGGCUAACUGGGACCUGCACACCCUCGGGCGGUGGGAUGUCGGCGCCAACGUAUUCUCCUGGGUCGCCGACAAGACCGGCGACGUCGUGAGGGAGUGGAGCGAGGCGUCCGCGCCGGCCCUCAGCUCCAUGUUCUUCAACCAGAGCUACGACGGGGUCUUCAACGACAAGGCCUCGUUCCCCGUCUACCCCUCGCCAAACGUGGAGAUUGAGAGCCCCAGCGGCAGGACGGUUUUACCAACUAUCGAAGAGAAGUGGACGGGCAGCUCCAACCCUGAUUAUUACUCGAGCGUCAUCGAGGUGCCAGACGGGCUGCACCCUCCUGCCGGAUACGGCUUCGCUGCUUGA